GCCGCCAUGGAGGCGCGCGCCGCGGGCUGCGGCCUGCUCAGCGUUGCUGGCACGGAGGUGCUGGCCGGGCGGCGGGAGCCGUGCGUGCUCGGCCUGGAGCGGCGGGCCGGCCGCUACGGGGUCGUUAUUCGCUCCCAGGAGAAAGAAAACUCUGAUCCGGAUUAUAUUCCCAUCAAUAGCCGUUUUAAAUGUGUGCAAGAGGCAGAAGAGACUCUGCUGAUUGAUAUAGCUACAAACACAGGCUGCAAGGUCAGGAUCCAGGGUGAGGCAGCACCAGAGCGGCUCUUCGAGAUCCCUGACGAGGAGCGCUGCUUGGGGUUCCUGUCAGAAGUGCAGAGCAUACAGGAAGCCCACCUGAAAGCAUCUCUUCCUGAACCUAAGGACUCAGCCAUUUGGCACCAGGUGGAGAAGAGCCUCACAGGUCUGUCUCCAGGAGCUCUGGGGUUUGAGGAUGACUUCAACACGCUGAGCCUAGAAGAGAAAAGGAACAUGCAGAACCACCAGACGGGAUCUCGACGGGAACCCCCACCUCCUCCUGUCCCUCACAAUAAGCAAUUUCAUAGAGAGAGAGAAGGUGCAUCCAGAGACCAGCCCAAGGUGACAAACACCAUGCGCAAGAUGUUUUUGCCCAGCACACAGUCGGGGCAGAGAGAGGGACUCAUCAAACAUGUGCUGGCCAAGAGGGAGAAGGCCUACAUCAACCUGCACAACUUCAGGUUCUUUGUGGGUACAUGGAAUGUGAAUGGGCAGUCUCCUGACAGCUUCUUGAGCCCAUGGCUGGUGUAUGACAUGGAGCCUCCUGACUUCUACUGCAUUGGGUUCCAGGAGCUGGACCUCAGCACGGAGGCUUUUUUCUACCUUGAUUCUACGAAGGAACAGGAGUGGCUGUCUGCUGUGGAGAGGUCCCUGCACCCUAAGGCCAAAUACAAGAAAGUGCAAAUGGUCCGCCUGGUUGGGAUGAUGUUGCUCAUAUUUGCUAAGAAGGAUCAUCUGAGCAAUAUCAGAGAGAUUGUGACAGAGUCUGUGGGCACAGGAGUCAUGGGAAAGAUGGGCAACAAGGGUGGUGUGGCCAUCAGGUUCAUGUUCUACAACACCACGUUCUGUGUUGUCAACUCCCACCUGGCUGCCCACGUGGAGGACUUUGAGCGUCGAAACCAGGACUACAAGGACAUCUGUGCCCGGAUGAGCUUCCUGAUCCCCAGCUCAGACUGCCUGUCUGAGCUCAACAUCAUGAAGCACGAUGUUGUUAUCUGGCUGGGAGACCUGAACUACAGGCUGUGUCUGCUGGAUGCCAGUGAAGUGAAGAAUCUCAUCGGCAAGAACGAACUUCAGAAACUGCUGACUUAUGACCAGCUGAAUAUUCAGCGCACUCAGAAGAAAGCAUUUGCAGAUUUCAUGGAGGGAGAUAUUAAAUUCAUCCCCACGUAUAAGUAUGACUCUAAAACAGAUCGCUGGGACUCCAGUGGUAAGUGUCGUGUGCCAGCGUGGUGCGAUCGGAUCCUUUGGAGAGGAGGGGACGUCAGUCAGCUCCGGUACUGCAGCCACAUGGAGCUCAAGACCAGUGACCACAAGCCUGUCAGCGCCCUGUUCCGCAUCGGGGUGAAGGUUGUGGAUGAGCAGAAGUAUCGGAAGCUGUUUGAAGAUAUUGUUCGUAUAAUGGACAGGAUGGAGAAUGACUUUCUUCCUUCACUAGAGCUGAGCAGGAGAGAGUUUGAGUUUGAGAACGUGAAGUUCCGUCAGCUGCAGAAACAGAAGUUCCAGAUUACCAAUAAUGGGCAAGUCACCUGUCACUUCUCCUUCAUCCCAAAGCUCAAUGACAGCCACUACUGCAAGCCAUGGCUUCGGGCUGAGCCUUGUGAAGGUUACCUGGAGCCAGAUGAGAGCACAGAGAUCUCCCUGGACGUAUACGUCAGCAAGGACUCAGUCACCCUGCUGAACUCUGGCGAGGAUAAAAUUGAGGAUAUUCUUGUCCUGCACCUGGACCGAGGGAAGGACUAUUUCCUGACCAUCAGUGGGACCUACCUGCCCAGCUGCUUUGGCACUUCGCUCGAGGCCUUGUGCCGGAUGAAGCGACCAAUCCGAGAAGUUCCAGUCACCAAACUCAUAGACCUGGAAGAAGACAGCUUCUUAGAAAAGGAGAAAUCCAUCCUGCAGAUGGGCUCCCUGGACAGUGAGGAAGCAAGUGAGGUGCCGCUGCAGGUGCCAAAGGAGAUCUGGCUCUUGGUGGACCACCUAUUCAAGCAUGCCCUCCACCAGGAGGACCUGUUCCAGACUCCAGGCAUGCAGGAAGAGCUGGAGCAGAUCAUUGACUGCCUGGACACCAGCAUUCCCGAGACAAUCCCGGGCAGUAAUCACUCUGUGGCUGAAGCUCUCCUCAUCUUCCUGGAGGCUCUGCCAGAGCCUGUGAUCUGCUAUGAGCUGUACCAGCGCUGCCUGGAGGGGUCCCACAGCAGCCGGCUGUGCCGACAGGUGAUCCUUCAGCUGCCGAGCUGCCACCGCAACGUGUUUCGGUACCUGAUGUCCUUCCUGCGGGAGCUGCUCAAGUACUCGGAGGACAACAACGUCAGUGCUACCAUGAUCGCUGCCCUGUUCUCCAGCCUCCUCCUGCGCCCUCCGCCCAACCUGAUGGCCAGGCAGAGCCAGCAGGAUCGCCAGCGUGCCAUCAACUUCCUCUACAGCUUCCUGCUCAGCGGGGACGAGGAGUGACUCGUGCCGUGUGCCAAAGGCGGGCCCGCGCUCCGGCCGGGCCUCUGACAGCUGCGAGGGGUAAAGGCUCGAAGCUCUCCAAGUGCCGUGUUUACAGUGGGAAGGGACAGUUCCCCCUCCUUGCCACGCCAUGCCCCACGCUGCAGAGGACCUGCACGCUCAUUGCACUGCCAUCCACCUCUGGAGCCUCCGGCUUGCCCUGGGAGCCAGGUGGAUCUGUCGAUACCCGAGCACUGUGCCAGCGCCCAUCGUCCCGUGGCAGUAUCACCGGUUCCCAGGUCACGCUUCUCUCUGUGUCACCUCCAUCUCCCAAGAGCUGCUGUGGAGGAAGGUGGGGAUGGCUGGUGCUCUUGGAGGCCGUGGCACUCUGCGUCCCUCCAGUGCCAGGUAUGUGUGCUGGCGUGUACAUCACCCCAGACUGCUGUGGGACGUGUGCCACCCUCUGCCACACAGCCGUGCCAGCCCCGAUGCCAUCACUGUGCUAUGGACCGUGCUGACCCAGGAAGGUUGUUUGGACGUUUGGCCUCUCCCCUUCAGCAUGGCCUUUCCCCUCUCCCCUCCCUCCCAGGACACAGGGCCUCAGCACACCAGUCUGUCCCUGCACCCCCCACUCUGCCCUCACUUUCCUCUCCCUUCCCUGCCCCAGCUUCCCCCAAGGACACAGGAUGGUGGGUGGCUCGCAGUGCCCAGGGUCAGGUAGAGCCAUGAGCUGCCCUCUGCUCCCCCUGGGCUGUCCUGUGCAUUUGGAGCAGGAUGGGACCCCUGUCCCUCUCGCCCAGCUUACAGUGUGGGGGUAGGACAGGCUGGGUCACCAGGUGCCUCUAGAUGGAGUCCGUUGUCUCCUUCCUGGGGUGCUAGCAGAGGGUGUGGGUUUUGGGGGAUUGAAAGGAGCCACAAAUGCUCCUCAGGGUCCAGAGAAGCAGCUGGGGGGGCUGUGCAUGGCAGCUGCUGUGCAAGGGUCACACAGCUGGUUGAGGAGACAGCCCUGGGGCUGGUGACUGAGGGUGCAAGAGUGGCCUGUCCCACUGAAACACUAAGGCCUGUGGGGCCAUGUGGCCUCAGGUGCGGGAGGCCAAAGCCAAGGGGAGGAGGUUGUGGUCACAGAGCCCCUGCUGGUGCCUGGGCUCAGCCCAGGGUAUCAUGUGGCCCUGUGGUCCCCAUGCACUGGCUGAGCUGCUGCAGGCUCCCCUCCCUUUUGCCUUUUUCUUAUCCUUAAAAUUUUUAAAUUACAUAAUUUAUUGGGAAACUGUUCGUUCCAAAUAAACCUUCAUUGUGCAAGGCCUGGGGGCUGUGCAGGGCACACCUGCCCUUCCUCAUGCAGUUCUGCACUGUCAUAGAGCCCUGCCUGGAGCUCCAGGCUCACUCUGGGGACACCUGAGGGCUGGGCUCUCCCCCAGCCACUUCAAGAGUGUGCUGGGCACAGCUGGAGACAGUGGCAGAAGGUCCCGUGCCACUGGCUCCUGCUGGUUGAGCUCCUGGGUGCGCCCCUGAUGUGCUGGCACUGCAGCGCAGUGCCCGUCCCACAGUGGGUGGUGGCAUGUGCCCCUCCAGGGUGGAGAUGGCGCUGGGUCCGGCCGGGUGCAGCAGGGUGCUGGUGCCCGUGUGUGGCACAGGGCUUUGGCAGCCCGGAGCAGCGAUGCCUGUGUGCCCAAGGCCCUGCUGGGCCAGCCAGGGCAGCGUGCUGGAGAAACCCGCACGUCCUGCUGCAGGAAAUGGCCGCCGGUGUCAUCUCCAUCUGCUUCCUGCCGGCUCCUUGGGAGCAGGGCUGUGCCUGGCAGCUGCUCCCGUGCUGUCACCGAGGUGACCAGCGCUAGGUGCCGGCAUUGUUCCCGCGGCCACCGCAUUCCUGCCACUGCCGGCGGAAAUGCCGGAGCGAGAGGGAAGCUCUGAUGCUCCCUGGGGAUGGGACAGACCCUGGGCCUGCCCGUGCUCCUCCUCAGGAGGGUGCAGGGAUCCUUGUGGGGGACCCUGGAGGAUGUUGGGGUGCAGCUCCGGGGGUCUCAUGCUUCAGCCCGCCAUGAACAUGGGCACUGAGGGAUGCUGGUGGUACCCAGGUGGUGGUGCUGGAGGAGCUGGUGCUGUCCCACAGCCACACUGAACAUCCCUUGCCAGCCCUAGGUGGGCAGUGAGCUCUCCUGUCCCCCCCGGGGACAUCCAGAGGUCCCCAAGGAGCGCAGGGCUCAGCGCUCUCCCUGUGCCCCUGGCAUCCCUCUUUCCUCGCUCAGUGAGCUGCAACCUGGCAGAGCCCAUCUUUGCCCUGCCAGGACAGACCCUGCUUGCACAGCAGGGGGGACAGGACCGCCCCGUGCCUCUGCCCAUGUCCCCAGCACUGCCCCUGUGCCCACUGCCCACUCUGCCCCCCUCCCGUUGCAGUACAGGAGCUCUGGCAGUGCCGUGGCACGCGAGGCACAGGGAGCACGGCCGAGCUCAGCAGCUCCCACCUGCCUGUGGGCAGCCAGCCAGGCCAGGAAGAGCCAGAGAUUCCUUAGGUCUCCCGGCCCAGAAGCCUUUUCCUCCUUCCAGGCUGGCCACAGCCCAGCCAGGAGGUGCUCCCUGGCCUCCUCCUUUCAGGCUGGUGCAGGAGGGCUGGGGUCAGGGCCCAGCUGUGCCGCCCCUGGCUGCAGCCCAAGCACUUGGGGCUGGGCAAUGCCUGGAGGACGUGGGACAUCUCUGCCUUGCUGCCAUGGCCACAGCAGUUCCUCCAAGGGUCUGCUGGGCCCCCACUGCCAGUCCUGGCCGUGCCCAGGCAGGGACCUCGCCACACCUCUUGGGCAAGGUACCUGCUGCUGCAGCUGGGGAGGCAGAGCACGGGCACAGAGGGGCAAUUUGAAGUGCAGGGGGAGAGCCCUCCCAGUUCAAACCAGUAGCAGCAGCACUGUAGGCUGGCAAUGGAGGAACAAUAACCCCCCAACAUCCCAGAGCUGGAGCUGGGGGCAGCUGCAGGGGGCUGUGCCUGGGGCACCGUGUCCUGCCCCAGGACAGGACUGGGCAGU